AUGACGGUGGUGAGGAAGGUGGAGGUAACGAUGCGCGCGGAGGUUAUCCGCGCGACGGACGUCGAUUCGGGGAGCAGCGCGGAGGAGCGGACGGCGCUUGGCGAGAACGAGGGAUAUGUGGACGGGGACGCGGGCGGAGGGGAGGAGAUUGGGGAUGAGGCUGGGGAUGAGGGGGGGAGGAGGAGGGAGGAGGAGCUGGUGGAGGUGGAGGAGGUUAGGGAGGUCAGCGAGGAGGGACGGUCGGUGGAAGGGGUGGAGGAUGAGGAGGAAGAUAGGCUAGUUGAAGGGAUUGUAGAGAUAGGAAGGGUGAUAGAUGUUAGUGAAGAUGAGGAGGAGGGUAAAUUCGUAGACGACGUGAACGAGGCGUUUCCGACAGUCGUGAAUGACGAGGUAGGGUCAAUGGAGAAAGACGAAAGCGUGGCGGACGGGGACGACGUCAACAGCACGGGAGCCGACGAAGAGGAAGACAAAUCGGACGCGGCCACGGACGAGGAAACGGAAGUGGGUAAAGGGAAUCGCAGGAGGGAGGACGUCGGGACAUUAAGAGUAGUAGGCGAAGAUAAGGACAAGGGGGUGGAGGAGAACGGCAGCGAGAGGGAGGUGAGGUCAGAAAUCGUGCGUGUAGGAGACGAAGUGGGCAAGGACGAAAAGGAUGUCAGAACGGGGGAAGGAGACGCGCGAGAGGACACGACCGACGUGGAAUUGGACACAGCGGUCGUAGAGACGGACGCGGAGCCCGUCAGCGCAGACGACGAUUGCGCAGAGGGCGUCGCAGACCGUCUGGGCGAAGCGACUCACGGGGUGGAAACGCUUCCCGUCGCGCCGGACAACGACGAUGACGACCGUGACGCAGAGGGCGAGGUGGUCGCUGUCGGCGUGUUCGAGGGCGCCAAGGAGGACGAGCGCGCGGAAGUGCUGGAUGCCACGGGAGAUGAAGGCGAGGGCGAGGGCGAGAGCUGCGACGAAGGCGUGCCCGUGUUAGACGCACCGACAGAAGAAGAAGAGCUCGAGCGUGACUGGGAGGGCGACGAGGACGGCGGGGACUGGGACGGCGCGGUGGUUGUGCGGGGCGGAGGGGCGGGGAGCGAGCCGUCGGACGAGGAGGACAUUGUUGAUGGAGUGCUCCUGACUGCUGUGGUCGUCCAGGCUGUCAACGCUGUCAGCGAUGGUGCUCCACUACCACACGUCCACUCGCCACACUCUUUUCACUCGCAGUUCGCGCGCACCUGGACACAACGGCGCGCACACGACUGCACACGCUGGGGCAGGCCGGUCUUCAACGAACUUCAGAACCAGGUCCAGCUGCAGGGCAUGGCAGAGGCUGGCGGCGGACGACGGAGGACCGUCAGGACGUAUGCGAGGCUGCUAUUAGGCUGCUGCGCCGCCGCGUGGCGUGGAUGCGAAACACUCUGUCCGCCGCUUUAUGCCGUCCGACGACGCUCGCCUCGCGCCAGGAAUAUCCCUGCCUCGACCCUCUCUCUCGCGCGUUGCGGUAUCUCGAAACUCGACCACGCGUCCGCCUGCCAGCGUGCGUCAUCCCAUCCCAAUGUCCCACCCGGCUCCCACUCCUUUCCAUUCAAUCCUGCAAAGCCCGCUGCGCCGUGCGCCCAUCCCACCCGUCCGUCCAAUCAUCACCCCAGCCUAUCCCAUCGGCGCUGCCGUGCAGCCAUGUCCGACAACGAUGCGCGCACGCCCAAGUCCGUCCAACGCACCAGAAAUUACAACACGAAAACAGAGUGCGGAGCACGGCUUGCCGAACUCAACGUGAACGCUGCGCACUCCUGGCAGCGCCCGACAGAACGUGACCACCAGUGA